UCCCCCUAACACACACACACUCUGGAGAUGUGCAUCAGAGCGCUCAGGGACCCCGCGGCUCAUUAAGGAGAAGGAUGUGAUAUUCUGAAUCGAGACUGUGAGACUCCCAGAACGCCUAUUUAUAGACGCAAUAUCUCUAUGGCAGUCGUCGUGGCGUUGGCUAAUCACAGCCGUGGCCCCAGACACCAAUUAAGAAUGAAACAAAUGCUUUUUAGGUGGGUUGUGCCCCUCCUUUCUGCUGAGAGCCGUCUGUCCAAGCUGCCCGGCAGGGGAGUGGAUCUGCUCGGAGCAUAUUCCUGCAUCAGGUCGGGACAUGAGAAGGACGGCAUGCAGAGUGCAGUCACAGCCUUGCCCGGGCUAUUUUUAAAUGCUCCCCACUGGAAGGCGAGAUGAGAUCUCGCUUUUUUCAUUGUCGUUUAUUAUUGCUUUCAUUUGUGUGACUCUGUCUGGGAUGUCUACGGAUGUGUGAAUUGCUGUGAUUCUGAGGGCUACUCCAAGUUCCACCAGGUUAGAAGAGUGAUGACCAUCCUGUUCCUUACUAUGGUUAUUUCAUACUUCAGUUGCAUGAGAGCUGCGCCCCUGAGAGACAGCCCAGGCAUGCGGGGCCAUCGGACAGAAGGCUACCUGAGUCCCGCAGCCUCGUCCGCCAGAGGGCACGGGACUCCACAGGGCAGUGGGGGCCCGGCCCAGCGUGGAGGGGCCCUUCCCUCCCUCACAGACACGUUUGAGCAGGUGAUAGAGGAGCUGCUGGAGGUGGAGGGGGAGGCGGCGGCCGCAGCGCAGCUGGGGGCAGGGGCUGACCAGGGUCAGGGCAGAGGCGGCCCGGCGUCUUCCUCCGUGGUGACCACGGAGACAAAGGACGUUGACCUGUACGCAUCGCGGGUGAUGAUCAGCAACCAAGUGCCUUUAGAGCCGCCACUGCUCUUUCUACUGGAGGAAUACAAAAACUACCUGGACGCCGCAAACAUGUCCAUGAGGGUGCGGAGGCACUCCGACCCGUCCCGCCGUGGGGAGCUCAGCGUGUGUGACAGUAUUAGCCAGUGGGUUACUGCGGUGGAUAAAAAGACGGCAAUAGACAUGUCUGGGCAGACCGUGACCGUCCUGGAAAAGGUCCCCGUCCCCAAUGGCCAACUGAAGCAAUACUUUUAUGAGACAAAAUGCAACCCUAUGGGGUACACAAAGGAGGGAUGCCGUGGAAUUGACAAGCGACAUUAUAACUCCCAAUGCAGGACAACCCAGUCCUACGUGCGUGCUCUCACCAUGGAUAGCAAAAAGAAGAUUGGCUGGAGGUUUAUAAGGAUAGACACUUCGUGUGUAUGCACAUUGACCAUUAAAAGAGGAAGAUAGUGUAUAUAAUGUAUAGAUUUUAUUGAGAGUUUAAAAAAGAGAGUAAAGAGAAAAUAUCUAUUUGUAUAUAUACAUAACAGGGUAAAUUAUUCCGUCAAAUGAAAAUUUUAUGGACUGCAUGUAAAAAAAGAUGAAGUUUAUACAGUAAAAGUGAUACUACAGUCUAUUUAUUGAACAUAUUCAUGACCUUGUAAACGAUUAAAAAAAAUAUCUGAUCAGUCA